AUGAGAGCAUCUACUGUCUCCGCUGCGUUCUGCGGCCUCCAAAUCGCCCUCUCAGCCCCAAUUCUGCUCCCAGACGCUGCCAAAGAUACGCCUCCUCUCCCGGCCAUAGGGUCCCAGCCCUGCAGCGCGAUAUUCCCUUACAUCACCAGCAGUAGGGGGCGCCAGAUACUCAUCGACUGCGACGCCAUUCUGAACGAGAAGUACGAAUAUCUCGUUGACCGAUGGCCGUCCUCGGGUAGAACUGCGAGCCCAUCGCGGGACAAAUCGGAGGCGGAAUCCCCAUUUUUACCCGGCGCGGCAGCCGAGACCCAAUUGUCGACGCCCGCGCUUAAAGAGCAGUUAGACGCGCUGCCAACAUCAACAUCAACAUCUACGUCGACAUCUACAACAUCGCCAACGUCGUUGGUGGUAGUGUCACUGCCGUCAUCGACAUCAGUGCCGGUUGCCUACGCGAGUAGAAUUCGACUCGAGGACAUAGUCGCCAACCGUGAUCUACCUGCGUUUCUCGACUGGCUUUCCGCUCGUCCCAUCAUGGCCUGGACGCUCAUAGUCGCCGUGCUGAUAAUCGUCUUCUUUGUGUCAGCCGUCGUCGUUGAAGUAGUCGCUGCCAUAUGGAGUGUCACCACCCAGUCGAAUGUUAGACAGCAGUCCCAACUUCCACCAGACCACGAAGAAUUCUACUCUGGAGAUAUCUAUUUGUCCGGCCCUGAGAAGAGACUAGCAGCUGUCAUAUUGAUUGAUGAAGAGGAUGCCUGUCACUGCGAGGAACGAUGA